AUGAUCCUUAGUCAGCAGCGCUUGGACCAGCCGGCGGCCAAAAAGAAGCAACAACAAGCAGAAAGUCAAGCGAACGAACGACAAGGACGAGACCGGCGGGAAGCGGAAGACGAAGACGAAGAAGAAGAAGAAGCAGACGAGAAGACGAGACGACGAAGCGGACAUGUCGAUAGCACCGAUUAUCACCUUCAAGGGUGGCAUCUGCGAACUAGAUGUGCGUUUUCUGUACAUGGCCGAGCUGGAAAGGUGCUAACAGGCAGACAGACCUCCGUUACCCCAAACGCCGUCAAGGCCCGGCCUACGCCCGGAUACAUCUACCUCUACUCAGAAGAUGACCUUGUCCAUUUCUGCUGGCGGCCGCGUUCGGCACCCAUAGAUCAACCGGAGCUCGACCUGGUCAUGGUGCCUUCCGACGGAACCUUCACGCCAUACAAGCCCACCAGCGCCCAGAGACCGUCCAACCCCGAACAGCCCACGAACGGCAGAAUAUACGUUUUGAAGUUUGCUUCCAGCUCGCAGAGACACCUUUUCUGGCUGCAAUCUCGGAGUCAGCAUGAGCAGGGCAACCCAGCGUGGUUCAGUGCGCGAGAUCUAAAGCUGGGCCAGAUCGUCAACACCCUGCUGCAGGGCGAAGAUAUCGAUGUGCAAGACGCCAUUGACAGCCUGCCCAGGGGAGACGGUGGUAAUGAUGGUGGUGAUGAUGACGAGACCAUGGAAGACGUAGAGGGAACAGACCAUAGCCCUGAGAGACGACGACAUGGUGGCAGCGGAGGUGCCGGGCCUGGUGCUACGGGCGGUGACAUACGAGAAGAAGGUCAAGAAUCAAGAGAGGGGGGAGCAGAUGGCGGACGAGCUUUUGAUGUUAUGCCAGUUACGUUAUUUGACUUUUGGCUUGCCGCCGGUUCGGAUCCCUCCUCCGUUGUACAAAACUUCCUUCAGUCCUUGCAAGGCAAUAAUAAUAGCCAGCAAGAGACGACAGAAUCACGGUACACGACUCUUGCCGAUCUGUUAUCGACCCAAUCGACCCUACCUUUCCUUGAAUCGGCAGACGAGAGCACCCUCAACCAGCUGCUCAGUUCUCUUCCCGAGUCGUUGCAGCUCCUCUCCAAGCAAAAUAACAACGCACCAGUCGAGCGUAUUAGCGUCGACAAGAAACGUAACGCCCUCCGUAAGGUCCUUCGCUCUCCACAGUUUGCACAGAGCCUGGGUAGCCUCACCAUGGCUAUCAGAGACGGAGGGCUUCCCAGCAUUAGCGACGCACUCAAGAUCCCGGUCCAGAAUGGCGGUUUCAUGCGUCGCGGCGGUGUCCCGCUGGGAGGAGGAGAGGCUGUCAAAGCGUUUGUCGAAGGCGUCCGGCAGCAAGUAGAGGACAACCAGAAGGGUGAUAGCAUGGAGACAGACUGA